AUGGAGCCCAGUGAUCCCAGAGCACCGAUUGACGCCGAACGAGCCAGGCAGUUGUCGCUGUUCCGACCCCUCGGUUACCAACGCAACUCAUGCGGAUACUGUAAAUCGGAUAAUGGGAGUGCCUCAUACUACGCUAGCUCCGUCUCUGUGCGUCCCAAACACUAUGAAGAGCUCGUCAACAGGGGAUGGAGAAGGUCCGGCACCUUGUACUACAAGCAAAACCUGCAGCGGUCAUGUUGUCCUCACUAUACCAUGAGACUCGAGGCGACUGCCUACAAACCAAGGAGAGAUCAACGCAAGGCAAUCAAUCGCUGGAACAAGUUUGUCCUGGGCCCUGAGUACAUCCGCAGAGCUGCAUACCUGUGUCCCAGAACUAGGGAGCAAAAGAAGCACCGCAAGUGCAAUUUUGACCUUCUCGACGCUGUUCACGCAGUCGAGUACAGCAAUGUGAAGCGGCCGGUCGACCCGAAGACCAAAAGACCGCUGGAGCCGGCGCAUCGUUUCGAGGUCAACAUUGAGGGAGACACCGUCUCACAGGCAAAGUUUGAGCUAUUCCGCAAAUACCAGACAAAGGUUCACAAGGAGGACGUCUCCAAAUGGCAGACGAAAGAUUUCAAGCGCUUCCUUUGCUCGGGCUUGAAACGAACCGAACCCGACACAUCCGAAGAGCUGCGCCGACUAGGCUCCUGGCAUCAGUGCUACCGGCUCGAUGGGAAGCUCAUAGCCGUGGCAGUGCUCGACCUAAUGCCGAACGGCGUCAGCUCCGUCUAUAUCUUAUUAUGA